GAGGGGGGUUCAGCGAGCCGGUGUGUAUUGGAUUGGAAUUUGGGGUUUCGAUUGUACUAUAUGUAAUGAUGUACAGGGGGAUGGAUGGAUGGAUGUGUAUGUAUUGUCUUGCUGGACGCGCGCGCGCACACCCACACACAGAUAACCAGCAUAAUCCCUUUCCUUCCCUCCCUGCAACUUUUAGCCGCUGCUGCUCCUCUCUUCUCCUUCCCCUUCCCCUUCAACAACACACGCCAGGGUCAGAGUCGGAGUCGGAGUCGGGGUGCCCGAAGCGUACUCGCCGGCCGUAUACCAUUACCAGACCGCCACCCAUAUUCAUUCUAUCCUUUCAACUCUCCCUCUCCCCGGCUCCUCCCACGUACCACUCUCUUCUCCUACAGUACUCGCUACUCUGCUCGGCUCUGCUCUUUCGCAACUCAUACAUACGUAGAUAUACUCUCCUCCGCUCUUCAUCGCUCUCUCUCUCUCUCUCUCUCUCUCUCUCUCUCUCUCUCUGCGUUACCGACUUCCGCACAUGGGAGUUCUUCUGCUGGGCUUUUGCUCUCAGGUCUUCUUUGCCUAUCAUUGUGCUCGAUAAAAUGUCUCCCGCCGCCAACUUCUUUCUUCUGCUACAUGCUUUUCUCUCUUUAUCUAUAUUAGCUUAGCACUUUCCAGUUUUUUCCUACUAUUACAAACAAUACGCACAAGAACCUUCUUUGUUUUGAAUUUCACACUUCACUGCUUUGUAAAAUAACUAUAACUGAACUGGUAAUUUCUCCGCUACUUGCCAUACUCAAGUUCUUUGCUUUUUUGUGAUAUUCUGAGACCCGUUUGAAUCUCUGAGGUAAAGGGAAGGACGUGGUCGGAAAAAAUGAUUAAUUACUGUUUUAGUGGCUAAAUCAAAUCCAGUUCAAAAACAUAUUUUAACUCCAAUUACUGCAUGCCACAGAUAACUAUAGUUGGAGAUUAGCUCAAAUAUGAAGGUUAGAAGGUUUCACAGGAUGGAACUUGGAGUAAGAUGUGGAAGGUCCAAUCUUUUCAACCUCAACAUGGCUUUCAUCGGGAUUGCAUGAUUGAACUUUGCUUUACUGUUUACCAAAAGAAGGCAUGUGGGCAUCAUAUGUUUUGGUCUCGAGACCUGGCAUGGACUUUUCUGUGCUUGCAAACAUUCCUUGUUGCCAAAAUAGAAAAUGUACAGCAAAACUUAAAGCUCAUUGUAGAAGACCGGCUGCUCAUUUUUAUCACUCAUGGAUGAGACAAGGAAAGCAACUAGUGUGCUUUCCAACUUCAUCGAGAGAUAAAGGGAGAAUUCUCAAAUAUCACAGAAGUGGUUCUUUGGUGGUGCGACUCUACUCAAGGGAAUAUGAAAAGGCCGGUAUCAAAAGAACUUAUCGUUUAAAUAGAGCUUUUUCAACAAAUGACAUGGUUGUGGAGGAGCCUUGGCUAUGCCAAUCACCCCUGGUCUCUCCUCAAAUUGUAGAGGUAGGUACUUCAAGUAAUAAUGAUUGUGUUACGGAUGCUCUGAACAACUUUGAUGGUGAGGUUAACAAUACGGCAUUCUUGAGUCAGCUAAGAACACCAGAGGAUAUCUAUAAUUAUUCUGAUGUUGAUGUGAAUGGGAUGACGAAUCAUUCUCAACAUGUUGACACUCUAAGGGUAGAUUAUCUGGUUGAGGAACCAUGGCUCACUGAAUCAUCCAUCUGUACUGAUAAUUCAACUAUAGAAAUGGUUUUAGAUGCUUCCAGUGAGGAUUUAGUCCAAAACAAGGUCGCUUCAUCUGUGCAUGAUGAGGAACUUCAGUCCUCACCUGAGAGUUUUCUGCAUGAAGAAGGCAGCAAUGAGACAGCAGUGGACAACUCUAUUUCCACUCUUAUAUUGAUCAAUUCAUCCCUCUGUACCGUGCAAAGAAUUGCUGUGCUAGAAAAUGACAAACUGGUUGAAUUACUUUUGGAACCUGUCAAAAACAAUGUGCAAUGUGAUAGUGUAUAUCUAGGAGUUGUAACAAAGCUAGUUCCACACAUGGGUGGAGCGUUUUUGAACAUUGGGAGCUCAAGGCCAUCUUUCAUGGAUAUAAAAUCCAACAGAGAACCAUUUAUAUUGCCUCCAUUUCACGGCCAUAUGAAGGAAAUAGAAGUACAUGAAGCUAUGAGCAGUUUUACUGAGGUUAGGGGGUACUGUAACGAGGAUGAAGAAAUUGAUGAUUUGGAUAAUGACCAAAGUGAAGAUGAAUUCAAUGAUGAGGAGUUCAAAGGCCAGGAAAACAACUUUCACUAUGAUGUUUUAGAUGUUAUCAAGGAGAAUGUAAAUGGUAGUCUUGUUGGAUAUGAAUGCAAGACUAAUCAAGAGAGGUCAUUAGAACCUCUAGAUGAAGAUGCAGAGCAGCUGGAGUCUAAAACGAUACACCAGGCUGCUAGUCAGGGCGUAGAAGUAAGUAAGUGGGCACAGGUUCGAAAGGGCUCCAAGAUCAUUGUACAAGUUGUUAAAGAAGGAUUGGGUACGAAAGGACCCACACUGACAGCCUAUCCAAAGUUGAAAAGUAGAUUCUGGAUUUUGAUAACUCGCUGUAACAUGAUAGGAAUUUCCAAAAAAAUUUCUGGGGUUGAACGUACUCGAUUACGGGUCAUAGCUAAAACUUUGCAACCUCCUGGGUUUGGCCUUACAGUGAGAACUGUUGCUGCUGGCCAUUCAUUAGAGGAAUUGCAAAAGGAUUUGGAACGACUGCUAUCGACGUGGAAAAAUAUUGUGGAGAAUGCUAAAUCUGCGGCUCUAGCUGCAGAUGAAGGAGUUGAUGGGGCUGUUCCCAUUCUGUUGCAUAAAGCAAUGAGUCAAACGCUCUCUGUUGCCCAAGAUUAUUUUAAUGAAAAGGUGAAGAGCAUGGUAGUUGAUUCUCCACGAACAUAUCAUGAGGUUACCAAUUAUCUCCAGGAUAUAGCUCCCAAUCUCUGUGACAGAAUUGAAUUAUACAGCAAAAAGACUCCUCUUUUUGAUGAAUACAACAUUGAAGGAGAAAUUAAUAACAUCCUUAGUAAAAGUUCCUACAUUAACAGGGUUCCACUGGAUAAUGGUGGUUAUUUAGUGAUUGAACAAACUGAGGCAUUAGUCUCCAUUGAUGUAAAUGGUGGCCACUGUAUGCUAGGGCAAGGAACUUCACAGGAAAAGGCCAUUCUUGAAGUCAACCUUGCAGCUGCCAAACAAAUAGCUAGAGAGAUAAGGCUGAGAGAUAUUGGCGGAAUAAUUGUGGUAGAUUUCAUUGAUAUGAUGGACGAAUCUAAUAAGAGACAUGUAUAUGAAGAAAUUAAAAGGGCCGUAGAGAGGGACAGAUCAACUGUGAAGGUCUCUGAAUUGUCUAGGCACGGGCUUAUGGAGAUAACCAGAAAGCGGGUUCGACCCAGUGUUACAUUCAUGAUCAGUGAACCCUGCACCUGUUGUCAUGGAACUGGGAGAGUGGAAGCCUUGGAGACUUCAUUUUCCAAAAUUGAACAUGAAAUAUGCAGGCUUCUGGCAACAAUGGAUCAGAAAGCAGAUGUGGAGAAGCCAAAAUCUUGGCCCCGAUUUAUUCUAAGGGUAGAUAGGCACAUGUGCAACUAUUUGACCUCAGGGAAGAGGACAAGACUGGCAGUGUUAAGCAGCUGUCUCAAAGUGUGGAUUCUCCUCAAGGUGGCAAGGGGUCUCACCAGAGGGGCAUUUGAGCUGAAGCCUUUGGCAGAUGGGAAUCAGCAGCAGCAGCAGCAGCCAAGGCAGGGUGCAAUCUCUGUGCUGCGACCACCAUCACCACCACAACCCUCAACGACGACAGAUGGUGGCGUAAGCAGGCGGAAGGUGACUCUAUUCCCCAUCAGCAAGUGGAAAACAGGCAAGUGAAACACGCCCCGCCCCCCAGGAGAGGAGGUUUCCCAGUGAGGAGUAGUUCGGUGCUUGCUUUCUUUGUAGUAGCAUAUAUAUGAUCUGAUCUGUGAUUCACUUCGUUGCAUUGCAUUGCAUUACUUGCCGCUGGUAGUUGACAGUGAUUCAUUAAAUUCUCAUGUACCCCCAAGAUUGUUGAUUUAAAUCAUACUAUUGUAUCAUCAUCAUCAUAAUAAUAAUAAUAAUAAUAAUAAAUGGGUGGGGGCGUUUGAAAUGCUUUAGAAUGGAAUAGAGAAUGUGAAUAUAGAAGUAGCAGGAGCAGGAACAGGAACAGGAAGAAGAACAGGAGCAGCAGAAAUGAUAUAUUAAGGAGGAGCAGAGCCAGAACCAGAACCGAUAGGUGUUAUCUGGCGGCUAACACCAACACAUACAAGAACCCAACAAAUGGAGGAAGAAGAAGAAGAAGAAGAAAGGCACAGGCGCAGGCCGUAAUAGAAAGAGGUAUGAGUGACUCUGUCUGGCUCUGUCUCUGUUUCUGUCAUAUUCGUAUUCGUUCAUGCCAUUAAUGGCUCGACUGGUGCUGCUGCAGUAGAAACACUAGAGACUAGACUAGACAUUGCAUGACUGGAGUAGGGUACACAUGUCACAGUUACCACUCACUAGAUAGCAUUCAUUCAUUCAUUAUAUUCAUAUAAUAAUAAUGAUAUAAUGGGAAAUCUUGCUGAGGAUCUUUCUUUUGUU